AUGUCGCAAUCACGUCUUGCUCGAUUGCCCCCGUGGGUCAGCCACUGGCUAGGCUAUCGAGCCAAGCCUGUCGGUCCGCUGCCCAUGUGGAAGACCAACGCCUGGUCUUUCGUCUCUGCAUUUGCAGGCCUCACCGUCGUCCAAGUGCUAUUCAACUAUUCACACUACUUUACCUCACGUCAUGUGCCGGGUAUUAUUGCAUCCUACGGUGCAUCUGCCGUACUCGUCUUCGGCGCCAUCGACAGUCCACUGGCCCAGCCCCGGUCUUUGAUCUUUGGCCAUUUCUUCAGCGGUUUAACCGGACUGUGCAUCACUAAGCUUUUCAGCCUAAUGCCCGACCAGGAGCGUUUCAAUUCCCUCCGCUGGCUGGCUGCCUCCCUGUCCACAUCCACGGCGAUUGUGAUCAUGCAGCUUACCGGCACGACGCACCCCCCUGCCGGUGCAACGGCUCUGCUCCCAGCCACCAGUUUGGAAAUCUGGGAUCUGUCUUGGUACUACCUGCCUAUUCUUCUGCUCUCAUCAACCUUGAUGAUGGUGUGUGCUCUGCUCUUCAAUAAUAAUAUGCAUCGUCGGUAUCCAAGCUUUUGGUUCACACCUGCACCACCGUCUCCUGCUCCGCCGUCUCCGUCCAAGGAUGCGGGCGCUUCGGCCUCCCCGCCUUCUUCCAGUCCGCAUGGCCCGGUACCGGGAGGUGCGCCGGAGAGAAUGGAUUCAAAUCUGACGGAUGAAAAGGUGCCAGAGAACGCUGUUUAA